GUCGCGCUUUGGACAAGAAGAUCCCCUGGACGUGUUCAUGGCAGAGCUGAACAAUCAGGUCAAACAAGACAUGUCUUCGAUUGGAAAGAAGAGUGAGGGGAAGACUGGCCCGGUCGACAAGGACAAAGCUGGCGCAAUGAAAGGAGCUAUUCAGCACCAGCUCAAGCAGAGAUAUCGGGCCAAACUGCAACAAAUGCGUGGUCCGAGAAGUGCUUGA